AGGCUCUGAGAGGCGAGGCCGGGUGAAUCGGCGAGGGCGGCCCGACGGGCUCGGGACGGGACGGGGCAGCGCGGGCGCCGGGAGCUGCGGCCCGGAGUCGGGGCGCCUCGCCCCGGGCCCCCCAGCAUGAAGACCCCGGCGGACACAGGGUUUGCCUUCCCGGAUUGGGCCUACAAGCCGGAGUCAUCCCCCGGCUCGAGGCAGAUCCAGCUGUGGCACUUUAUCCUGGAGCUGCUGCGGAAGGAGGAGUACCAGGGUGUCAUCGCCUGGCAGGGGGACUACGGGGAAUUCGUCAUCAAGGACCCCGACGAGGUGGCUCGGCUCUGGGGUGUCCGCAAGUGCAAGCCCCAGAUGAAUUAUGACAAGCUGAGCCGGGCCCUGCGCUAUUAUUACAACAAACGUAUUCUGCAUAAGACUAAGGGGAAACGGUUCACCUACAAGUUCAACUUCAACAAACUGGUGCUGGUUAAUUACCCUUUCAUCGAUGUGGGGUUGGCUGGGGGUGCGGUGCCCCAGAGCGCUCCGCCAGUGCCGACAGGCGGCAGCCACUUCCGCUUCCCUCCCUCGACGCCCUCCGAGGUGCUGUCUCCCACCGAGGACCCCCGCUCACCACCGGCCUGCUCUUCGUCCUCAUCCUCCCUCUUCUCGGCUGUGGUGGCCCGACGCCUGGGCCGAGGCUCUGUCAGUGACUGUAGCGAUGGCACGUCAGAGCUGGAAGAGCCACUGGGAGAGGACCCCCGGGCCCGACCGCCUGGCCCCCCGGAGCUGGGUGCCUUCCGCGGGCCCCCGCUGGCCCGCCUGCCCCAUGACCCUGGUGUCUUCCGUGUCUACCCCCGGCCCCGGGGUGGGCCUGAGCCCCUCAGCCCUUUCCCUGUGUCGCCUCUAGCCGGGCCUGGCUCCCUGCUGCCCCCUCAGCUCUCACCGGCUCUGCCCAUGACACCCACCCACCUGGCCUACACUCCCUCACCCACGCUGAGCCCUAUGUACCCCAGUGGUGGCGGGGGCCCCAGCGGCUCGGGGGGAGGCUCCCACUUCUCCUUCAGCCCUGAGGACAUGAAACGGUACCUGCAGGCCCACACCCAAAGCGUCUACAACUACCACCUCAGCCCCCGCGCCUUCCUGCACUACCCUGGGCUGGUGGUGCCGCAGCCCCAGCGCGCUGACAAGUGCCCGCUGCCACCCAUGGCACCCGAGACCCCGCCAGUCCCCUCCUCAGCCUCGUCCUCCUCUUCUUCCUCCUCCUCUCCAUUCAAGUUUAAGCUCCAGCCGCCCCCACUGGGACGCCGGCAGCGGGCGGCUGGGGAGAAGGCUCUGGUGGGCGCUGACAAGGGCAGUGGCGGUGCCCUCGGUGGCGGUGGCAGCACAGGCGGGCUGGCCGAGGGGGCUGGGGCGCUGGCCCCCCCCGCCCCCCCACCGCCCCCUCCCCAGAUCAAGGUGGAGCCUAUCUCGGAAGGCGAGUCAGAGGAGGUGGAGGUGACUGACAUCAGCGACGAGGAUGAGGAAGACGGGGAAGUGUUCAAGACGCCUCGUGCCCCCCCUGCACCCCCGAAGCCCGACCCCGGCGAGGCACCCGGGGCAGCCCAAUGCAUGCCCCUCAAGUUGCGCUUUAAACGGCGCUGGAGUGAAGACUGUCGCCUGGAGGGGGGUGGGGGCCCCACUGGGGGCCUCGAGGAUGAGGGAGAGGACAAGAAGGUGCGUGGGGAGGGGCCUGGGGAGGCCGGGGGGCCCCUCACCCCAAGGCGGGUGAGUUCUGACCUCCAGCACGCUACCGCCCAGCUCUCUCUGGAGCAUCGAGAUUCCUGAGGGCUGUGGGCAGGGGACCCCCGUUCCCUCCACUCCCCCCCCCGCCUCUUUUGCUGCCUUAACCCCCCCCCAUUCCCUGGAGGUGAGGGCAGCUUUCUCAUCUCUUCCCUGCCUCCUCCCUUUCCCCUCCCCCAUGUUUUGUAUGAAACUUUUAAUUUCUUUUUUUUUUUUUUAAUGGUGAGGGUGGGUGGGUG